CUUCCCCGCUUACCGACGUGACCCCCGAGGAGUGCGCCGAUACGUGACCGCUCGGCACCGGGCGAAGGGAGGGACACAAACACUCGAGGCGGUAAAAAACACGGCAAACGCGUCUCUUCGCACCCCCAGCCCUGUGGAAGCAGACGCUGGAAACUUUCCGCUGCGCGCCCGUACGGAGCGAGCGCGGCUGCGUUCCCAGCCCUGCGGCUCAGGUGCACCGCUCGCGUUGGAUUAUGUUUAUUUUGAAAAUUCUUCCAGCAAUCCAUAUCUCAUUAGGAGAAUUGAAGAACUUAACAAGACUGCCAAUGGAAAUGUGGAAGCAAAAGUGGUUUGUUUUUACAGGAGAAGAGAUAUCUCCAACAGCCUUAUAAUGCUUGCAGAUAAGCAUGCUAAAGAAGUUGAAGAAGAGUCUGAAACUACAAUUGAGCUUGAUUUGACUGAUAAACAGAAACAUCAGUUGAAGCACAGAGAGCUCUUCCUUUCUCGCCAGUAUGAGUCCCUUCCAGCAACGCAUAUCAGGGGAAAAUGCAGUGUUGCACUUCUGAAUGAGACAGAGUCUGUGCUGUCGUAUCUGGAGAAAGAGGAUACUUUUUUUUAUUCAUUGGUAUAUGAUCCAUCACUGAAAACACUUUUAGCAGACAAGGGAGAAAUCAGAGUGGGUCCCAGAUAUCAAGCAGAUGUGCCAGACAUGCUUGGAGAAGGAGAAUUAGAUGACAGAGAACAGGCAAAGCUGGAAGUAAAAGUAUGGGAUCCAGAUAGCCCCCUUACUGACCGUCAGAUUGACCAGUUUUUAGUUGUAGCACGUGCGGUUGGCACGUUUGCUCGAGCACUGGACUGCAGUAGUUCUGUCAGGCAACCUAGCUUACACAUGAGUGCGGCUGCUGCUUCGCGAGACAUCACACUGUUUCAUGCAAUGGAUACGCUGCAUAAACACAACUAUGAUUUGAGCAGUGCCAUCAGUGUUCUAGUGCCACUUGGGGGGCCCGUCUUGUGUAGAGACGAAAUGGAAGAGUGGUCAGCAUCAGAAGCUAGUUUAUUUGAAGAGGCAUUGGAAAAGUAUGGCAAGGACUUCAAUGACAUUCGACAAGACUUUCUCCCUUGGAAGUCGCUGACUAGCAUCAUUGAGUAUUAUUACAUGUGGAAAACCACUGACAGAUAUGUGCAGCAGAAACGUCUGAAAGCGGCUGAAGCAGAAAGUAAAUUGAAACAAGUAUACAUCCCCACCUACAAUAAACCAAAUCCCAAUCAAAUAUCCAGCAACAAUGGGAAACCUGCUGCAGUCAAUGGAGCAAUGGGAGCCUCUUAUCAGGCACAGGCCUCACUAAUAGGUCGGGCUUGUGAAAGCUGCUAUACUCCACAGUCUCACCAAUGGUAUUCUUGGGGUCCUCCUAAUAUGCAGUGUAGAUUGUGUGCAUCGUGCUGGAUUUAUUGGAAGAAAUACGGUGGCCUGAAAAUGCCCACACAGACAGAUGAAGAUAAACUGUCUUCCAGCCAACCUACAGAGGAGUCCCAUGUUAGAACUCACAUGUCCCGGCAGGCCACACAGGGAACUCCAGUUCGUAACACUGGAAGUCCAAAGUCGGCAGUGAAAACGCGUCAAGCUUUCUUUCUUCACACAACGUGUUGGACAAAACUGGCCCGUCAGGUCUGCAAAAAUACCCUCCGGCUGCGGCAGGCAGCAAGACGUCCCUUUGUCCCUAUUAACUGUGCUGCCAUUAAGGCAGAAUAUGCAGAUCGACAUUGUGAAGUUGCUGGAAAUCCUCUGAAGAUCAAAAGCACCAGAAAACCACUGUCAUGUAUCAUUGGGUAUUUAG